CUACAGAAAAAAGGAAAUUCCAUUUUUGCAGGAAAAAUCAACGUGUAAAGAACAAAAUCAAGUUGCGAAACAAAAAAGGAUUCUAAACUAUAUUUUAUCACGUUGCAAGAACCGAUUAUAUCCAACUCGCAAUCGACUUUGGAGAGCACAAAAAUCCGCCUUUAAAAACAUCAUCAAACGGAGCGAGAAGAUUGCAGCUAAUCGGACUAAACUGAUAUCCGGAACAUCUAUAAAAUGAUCGCCUUUUCGAAGUUUUUCCCUCCGCUUCUUCCUCCGUAACCGUCCUCCGGCUGCUAAUUAUCCGGUUUCCGAGCAGCUCAACAAUGGUCAACAUAAAAAUACCUAUCGCCCGACGGCGCCACCGCGGUUAGCAGCAUUUGCCGGACGUUCAGCAAAGGGGCGCACGUGGGUGCGGGGCAUCUAGAACUAUGUGAAACCUUUUGGAAAGUGGCCGCCAUAGGGGGAGGCGACAGAGUUCCGGCGUUCUUCUGCAACGUUGCCGAACGCCUGGUGGUGGCGGCUAGCAUGGAGUGGGGCAAUAUCAGAAACAAACUCGAACGGCAAUUUACAUUGACGUAUUGACUACGAAUUGGUUGGUCGACUGGUGGCAGUAGAGAAUCACAGCAAACCCUCACCGCCACCAGCAUCAGCAGCAGCCACCAUGCGACGGAACGUGAAAGUGUUUGGUCUCAUCUCCGUUACCUGGAUUGUGGUUGUCAUCUAUUACUUCCAAGGCGACUACUAUCACAAUGAUGGCAAUCGAGCGUUGCGUUUGCGCAGCAGUAAAACAGCCAAACACCUGAGCGACAUUGGAGAUCGGCUUGCGCAGAGUGACGCACUGACGCAACGUGACAACGAACAUCUGCGCCAAUCGAAAAAUGGCGAAAGUAGUAUCCAGCUUCCCGGCGGCAGCGGCAUCAGUAGUAGCAGCAUCAGUAGCAUCAGCACCAAUCUUCUGGCGGGCGGGAGCGGCAGUAGCAAUAGAAAUAGCAAUAGCAUAUUUAGUUAUAACUCGCCAGCCCUUACCUGGGAUUACUUCGAUGAGGCGAGCUACAUCCAGAAGGGAGGCCUACAGCGAGGUGAAGAUCCGUACCUGCGGAAUCGCUUCAAUCAGCAGGCAAGCGAUGGGCUGAAGAGCAAUCGCGAACUGCCCGAUACACGCAAUGCAAUGUGUCGCCGGACAAGUUGGUCAUCGGCGGCCAGCAUCGAAUCACUACCGGCCACUAGCGUCAUCAUAACGUUCCACAACGAGGCCCGCAGUACACUGCUGCGGACUGUGGUAAGCGUGCUGAAUCGGUCACCCGAACGGCUCAUUCACGAGAUAAUUCUUGUGGAUGAUUUUUCCGACUUUCCCGAAGAUGGACAGGAACUGGCCAAGAUACAGAAGGUACGGCUGAUCCGCAACGCAAAACGCGAAGGCUUGGUGAGAUCGCGUGUGACGGGAGCAGCUGCAGCGACCGCGAAAGUGCUCACCUUCCUGGACAGCCACUGCGAAUGCAAUGUGCAUUGGUUGGAGCCGUUGCUGGCGCGCGUGGCCGAGGAUCCGACACGUGUGGUCUGCCCGGUGAUUGACGUGAUCAGCAUGGACACCUUCCAAUACAUUGGAGCAUCGGCCGAUCUGCGCGGUGGGUUCGACUGGAAUCUAGUGUUCAAGUGGGAGUACCUGAGUGGUGCGGAGCGUAAGGAACGCCAACGUGAUCCAACGGCUCCGAUCCGGACGCCCAUGAUCGCCGGUGGACUGUUUGUCAUUGAUCGAAGCUACUUUGAGAAACUCGGAACCUACGACACGCAGAUGGAUAUCUGGGGCGGUGAGAAUCUCGAGAUAAGCUUCCGGGUUUGGCAGUGUGGCGGCUCACUGGAAAUCAUUCCCUGCAGUCGCGUUGGGCACGUGUUUCGCAAACGCCAUCCCUAUACAUUCCCCGGCGGCGGCAGUGGAAACAUUUUUGCGAAAAACACACGUCGUGCGGCCGAAGUGUGGAUGGACGAGUACAAACGGUACUACUACGCGGCCGUACCGCUCGCUACCAACAUUCCGUUCGGUGACAUUGAAGAUCGAUUACGAUUGCGAGAGGAAUUACAGUGUAAACCGUUCCGUUGGUAUCUCGAGAAUGUCUAUCCGCAGCUCAGCGUUCCCGAACGACGAAACAAUGGCAGCAUUCGGCAGGGUGCCUUCUGUCUGGACAGCUUGGGCAACGUGGCAGGAGCGAUCGUCGGCCUGUACAGCUGUCACGGCAAUGGAGGCAACCAAAAUUGGAUACUUAAUCGAAAGGGAGAGGUAAAGCACCACGAUCUCUGUCUGACGCUCAUCAAGUUUUCCGUCAAUGCACGAUACAACAGUGUCAUCAUGAAGUAUUGCGACGGAUCGGAAAACCAACAGUGGCACCUGAAAGAGGGAGGAUUAGUGCAGCAUCGUAAAAUCAACGUCUGUCUCGAUUCACGCCACAUGAAGGAGCGUGGCAUUACGGCGGAACGGUGCAAUUCCGCACUUGACUCGCAACACUGGAAAGUCGUGACGGAGGCGGCCCCUCAGUGAGCCUCUGGAGUUUCCGAACGUUACACAGCAGCAGCAAUGACUGUCCAACGGAUGUAUUAUGUGUUCUUUGUUGAUAUCUUAAUAUGCAUUCUAGUAAAGAGAAGGAAGAGAACGAGAAAUGGAAUGUGAAAGUCCAAGUCCCUGAUAUUAUGGUAUUAGAUAGUGCGGCAGCGAGACCAGCAUUGUGAAUUACAAACAAACUUCUGGAGGUUGGGACGACCUAAGAAUGAGGUAAAAAUAUAUAGCGAGAGAGAGAGAGAGCGAGAAUAAGGGGCACAUCGUAGAGAAUAUGAUGUCCCUUAAUGAACAAGCAAACACAGUUACAAAUUCCAAGAUGUACACUCCAAGCCAGAUCUACACGUAAGCAACACACGUACACCAAAUCACGUGAAAGGGAAAAGAUAGAGUUACAAUCGCUGUAACGAGAGUCCCGACACGAAAUCCUUUCAUUGUAUUCUCCCUUUUUUGCGGUUAUUCAACAUUGUACUAUAAACAGAGAUUAAAGGCAACAAACGCGUGCGGGCAUAGUUUUAUCCUGCACGAACC